GUCUUGUAUUUAACUCGUCAAAGUGGUUUCAAUGUCACUAUUUCGUCUCAUUCCAUGUCCUUUAUGCGUGACAACACUCUCUUGUUCACUGCAACUAUCAAUGACAACAAUGCAGCAUUUCUUGAUGGAUCUACUGCUGCUUGUGUUGAAUUGGGACAUUUUACUGCGACUAUACCACUUGAUUUGAUGCUCUGGCAUCGCAGAUUGGCUGACCACCAUCAUGCUGAUGUCAAGAGACUGAUACAGAGAGAUCUGGUCACUGGGCUUACACUGGAAUCCAAGGCUGCUCCUGAUCCUGUCUGUGAACUGUGCUUGUCUGGCAAGAUGCAUGCCAAUCCAUUCCCCUCAUCUGAUACUCGCUCUGCUCAUCCUUUGGACCUCAUCCAUUCUGAUGUACACCAAGUCUCUUCCCCCACAUUCUCUGGUUAUCGCUACUGGGUCACCUUCAUUGACGAU